GAAUACAUUCUUUACGAGAAGUCAUCUUCAAUGUUCGGAUGCAAUGCUUAUUGGAUAUUAUUGGCUGUGUGGUGCAACAUAUACAGUGAUUUUAAAUGCAACGGGAUGUGCUACUCGUACGAUUUCAAAUUAUAUGAAGUAUUUUCGUGAAUUGGUGAUUGAGACACUCGAUGAGGAUGAUUUGAUGAUUGGUGGGAAUGGAAUUAUUGUGGAAAUAGAUGAGUCAAAAUUUUGUAGAGGGAAGGAAACCGAUGGGAUUUGGAUUGUUGGUGGUAUAGAGCGAAUGGAGAAACGAAAAUGUUUUUUCGUGAUAGUUGAUCAGAGGGAUGCGGGGACGAUUAGAGAUAUUGUAUCAAAACAUGUUAAACCCGGUUCAAUUGUUGCAACUGAUUGCUGGCAGGGAUAUUAA